UUUGCAUUGUCUUUGAAAGACUGCAUGAAAAUUAGUAAUGCUCUUCUAAGCAAUCAGGGGAAAAAUGUUUUUAUUGGCUAUUCAGAAACUAAACCCUUCUUAUAAUUUCGCAAUCUAGCUUUGCUGAUGAAGACCUCCAAGCCAUCACCCUCAUUUUUAGCUCCAUUCACAGAUUCAGAUCAUGAAUUUGGCAGGAGUUCUUCCAAAAGCAAUAUUACUUGCUGUCUGGAGAAACAAGUUACUUUUUUUUCUUUUUUUACUAAUCUUCCUGUUUUCUUUUGCAAAAAAUAAAAAGUUGGAAUUGUACCUGCAGCUUUACUUCCCUUUAGUUUACCCCGGGUUGCCUAUGUGCUCUCUCGUCUCCACUCUAAGCCCUUAUUCUCCAUGAUGCCCACAUUUCCAUGUCAGCGUGAAUUUUGACUUUACCUCCAUGGUAGCGUCACUCGCCCACUCUCCACACACCCUCCUCGAGGUUCUCCCUCCUUCCCUCUUGCUGAGUUUAUAAGUCAGAAACGGCCUCGUUGAGCUCACUGAGCAGAGCUUUACACUGAGGGAGGGGGACUAAAUGAGAAAGCAAGAGCAGCGCGAGUAAAUCUAAACGAAAUUCACAGAAUAAAAUAAUUAACACAGUAGAACAAGAGGAGUUAGAGCCCUGUCAUGCAUGUGUUUAGGAUGUGGGGUGUGCUCUGUGUGCUUAGUGCUGCUGGUUUGUCUUUAUGUGUGAAUGAGAUUGAGGACGAUGACGGCUUUGCAGACAACUACGGCAACAAGAUUUCUCUGGACCAACAGCAGGAGUCAUCAAACACGCCGUACCAUGCAGGCCUCUCCCACUGGGACAAGCUUUUCAUCGCUCUGGAGGACUCCCACAUGAGGCAGAACAUGCUGCUGGAGUCGGGGGAGCGGUGCUGCGGAGGAAUGGCGUCUCUGAGGAGCCAGCUGGACAAGCUCCUCCGGGGGGCGUCGCAGCAGAGCGCGCCCAGUCUGGGGUCAGCGUGCAGGGCGCAGGCGGAACACGUGGCUCUCGGGCUGCACCGCGGCCUGGCAGAGCUCCGCCGGGACGGGGCAGAGAUGGAGAGGAGAAUAAACGCCACCUUGCAGGUCAUCCUGCGCGGCAGACACGAGGAUGAGGCUCGGCUGAGUCGUCUUGAGGAGGCCGCGUCAGAAAGCAGCAGCAGCAGCAGCAGGGGACACCAGCCGACUCAGAGGCCUGGAGGUUCGGGCAGAGCUUUUAGCUCGGGGGCGAAUUCAUUCCCGUCCGAGCUGGGGGAGCAGGAUUUGUCGUCACUGGUGGACCUGGAUAUGUUAAGAGGCUCUCUGGUCGUCAUAGCGAGAGACGUGCAGAGGGUUUACCUGCAGCUGAGCACUGCGAUCGAGCAGGCAGGAACUCUGAGGAAGGGCAGAGGAGACACAUGAACUGCCUGCAAAAGAACAAUAUGCACAGCAAAAAAAACAAACUAGCAUUUUGCGUACUUUUUGUU